AUGUCGAAGCUAAGCCGGGCCACUCGGGCUCUCAGGAAGCCUCAGGCCGAAGGCGUGAUCCGGGCCAUCGUGCGGGCAGGCCAGGCCAUGCCCGGGCCCCCUCUAGGCCCCAUCCUGGGUCAGCGAGGCGUCUCCAUCAACCAGUUCUGUAAGGAGUUCAACGAGAAGACCAAGGACAUCAAAGAAGGCAUUCCUCUGCCUACCAAGAUUUUUGUGAAGCCUGAUAGAACAUUUGAAAUAAAAAUUGGCCAACCCACUGUUUCCUACUUCCUGAAGGCCGCUGCUGGGAUUGAGAAGGGGGCCCGGAGCCCAGGGAAGGAGGUGGCCGGCCUGGUGACACUGAAGCACGUGUAUGAGAUCGCCCGCAUCAAAGCUCAGGAUGAUGCCUUUGCCCUCCAAGACGCGCCCCUGUCCUCUGUUGUCCGCUCCAUCAUUGGCUCUGCCCGUUCCCUGGGCAUUCGUGUGGUGAAGGACCUCAGUUCAGAAGAGCUGGCCGCUUUCCAGAAGGAGCGAGCCCUGUUCCUGGCUGCUCAGAAAGAGGCGGAUUUGGCAGCCCAGGCAGAAGCUGCCAAGAAGUGA